UGGGCUGCUGCCAACCAACUGAGCCACACACCAGAGACCGGCGGCGACCGGCGGCGACCGCCUGAGAUGGGCUCCCUGCUCAUGCCGCUGCUGGGAAGCCUGGCCGCGAUGGCCGGCGACGUGCUGGUGACAGAGCUGCUGCGGGCGUGGGGCCUGGGCAAGUCCCGCCGGAAGCUAGAGCGCCACCUCGCCGCCGUCCAGAGCAUCCUGCUGGACGCCGAGGCCAAGAGCCGAACAGACCCCGCCGUCCGCCGGUGGAUCAAGGACCUCAAGACCGCCGCCUACCAUGCCGACGACGUCUUCGACGACUUCCGCUACGAGGCGCUGCGCCGCCAUGCCGCCAAGCUCCGGCGCCGCCCCACCGCACGCAAGCCGCUGGGCUACUUCACCAUCAAUAGUCCGGUUAUUUUCGGUGUUUACAUGAGUUGGAAGAUGAAGGGUGCCCUUCAAAUGAUAGAUGAACUGGUUGUGGAGAUGAACAAUUUCCAUUUCCUACAACAUGUCGAGCCACGAAUUAUUGUUCAUCUACAAACACAUUCUUGUGUCAAUGAAUCAGAUAUUGUCGGAAGACAAGAUGACAAGGACCAAGUGGUGAAGAUUUUGCUAGACCACUCCGCCAAAAAUGAUAAUAAUGUCAUUGUGCUCCCUAUUGUUGGUAUGGGGGGAAUUGGUAAGACCACCCUUGCUCAACUUGUGCACAAUGACCAUAGAGUGGCGCAUCAUUUUCAGUUGGUCUUAUGGGUCUGUGUCUCUGACAAGUUCGUUAUCGAAGAAAUUAUACGAUCUGUAAUAGAAGUGGCCACGAUGAAGAAGUGUGAUUUGACUCAGACGGAGGCACUGCAGAAAGAACUUAUUGGAGUGUUGGGAGAGAAAAAGUACCUCCUAGUGAUGGAUGAUGUCUGGAAUGAAGAUAGGCAGAAGUGGGAUGAUAUGAGAUCAUUGCUAUGCUCACAUGCUGGCUCAGGUAGUGCUAUACUUGUGACAACCCGCAACAAUCAAGUUGCUUCUAUAAUGGGUACAUGUCCUCCGCAUCAGAUAUCACUUCUAAAUGAGGAUCAAUCAUGGCAGCUUUUUCGUAGAAAAACAUUUGGAAGUGAUGUGGAAAAACAAGAAGAAUUGAUUUCAGUCAAAAAGAACAUUGUUCAUAAGUGUAAGGGAUUGUCUCUUGCUAUCAAGACCAUAGCAGCUUUACUUCGUUCGAAGCAUCAUAGUCAGUGGUUUUCUGUUCUGGAGAGUGAUGUCUGGAAAGAUGACAUCCUUGCAACUAUUGGGAUUGUACCUGCACUACAGCUAAGCUAUGAUCACUUGUCAUUUGAAGCAAAAAAUUGUUUUUCCUUUUGUGCUAUUUUCCCCAAGGAUAGCCCAAUGGAUAAAGACAUGUUAAUCCAAUUAUGGAUGGCAAAUGACUUUAUUGUAUCAGAAACAAGGGGAAACCACAUUUUUGAUGUGCUAGUUUGGGGAUGUUUCCUCAAAUUAGAUGUGGAGAUUCGAAGGGAUCUGCUCUCUGGAUUUGAAGAUGUGUUCAUGCACCGACCAACUACUUGCAAGAUGCAUGAUCUCAUGCAUGACCUUGCUUGCUCUGUUAUCGGAAAUGAUUGCUCUAUUCUGCAAGAAUCUUCACCAUGUCAAGAAAUUCUGGAAGGACCCACAUAUAUCAGUUCAUUACAUCAUGAGGUUCGACACUUGUCUGUCGAUUACGUCACUAAUAGUACUAUUGCAGCCAUGGAGAAAAUGUUAGCUCCCCGACCCCGCACGAUAUUAGUCCGACAGGAGAGGAAGGGGUAUGUGACUCCUCUGAGUAUGGCCAGGUCAAAAUUCUUGUCCUUGCGAGCACUGAAGACAUUCUUAUUCGAGACACAUAUGACAAAGUUGAAACAUCUUCGCUACCUAGAUUGUUCUUAUUCUAGUAUAUCUGCACUGCCUGAAGCCAUUACCAAGUUGUAUAACCUGCAAACACUGAAUCUCAUGGGUUGUCGAAGCCUUAAGAAAUUACCAGAACACAUGAGAUGUAUGAGUAGUCUCCGACAUAUCUUCCUUGUUGGGUGUAAUCGUUUGGAGCGCAUGCCAAAAGGUAUUAGUCAGCUGAAUUCUCUGCAGACAUUGACAUGUUAUGUCGUUGAUAGUGAUGUAGGCCGUGGAAUUGAUCAACUGGAAGAUUUGAAUCUAGGUGGUUCUCUUCAUUUGAUGGCACUGGGAAAAGUGGAAAGUGCAGAAAAUGCUAAACAUGGGAAUUUGUCUGCCAAGCAUAAUUUGAAACGACUAUCACUUGAUUGGUACUAUGGACCUUCAUUGACAGACAUUGGAUCUGAAGUGGAUACUAAUGCAGAAGGAAUAUUAGAGGCCCUUCGUCCUCAUAAAAGGCUUGAGGUCUUGCUGCUAUCUAAUUAUGCUGGUGCUAAAUUGCCAUCAUGGAUGCAUGACUCUACACAGUUAGAACAUCUUAGUGAACUCCGUCUAGAUUUUUGCCUGAAGUGCACCGAUCUUCCGCCAUUAUGGCAACUUCCCUGCCUCAUGUACUUGGGUUUGGAAAAUUUCCAUAGUUUGACAAGUAUAUGUGUUGGUAAUGACGACACUGACAUUGGGCAAUCCGGUAUUUCUCCAUCAACAUUCUUUCCUAAGUUGGAAACCAUGAUACUUUACAACAUGCCUAAGCUAAGGGGAUUGCACCAGGAGGAGGCAGGACAAGUGGCAGUUGUAUCAUUUCCUCGGCUUAAGAAGCUAGAUAUCUCUGAAUGCCCAUGGUUACAGACACUACCAGAGGGUCUCUUGCAGCAGCUUCCAGCCCUUGAGGAACUAAAUAUAGGAUCCUGCGACAACUUGGAGGUGGCCUUCUCCAGAGGAGGCACUUACUGGAAUUUGGUUGAAGCAAUUCCGAAGAGAUCAGUUGGUUCUGACUAAAGGAAUUUGGCUUAUGGUCCGCUUGCCUUUGAUUGGGAUGCUGGCCUUGAGGGAUUAUUUAUGCAUUCCAAGAUUGCUGUAUUUGUUUAGUCCGUUAAUUAUAUUCAUGUUGAGUACAACCUACCUAGACUUGAUGUCAAAACUUAGAAGCACUUGUAUCUAUAUAUCUAAAGAUUGUUCAACUGUUAGGUUCUGCCAUGCAUAGAUUAGAUUUUCCUGCCAAAUGAUUGCUAUAGCUUUGACAUAUCG